GUCUCGGCCCAGAAGACGGUGGCUACUCAGGUAGGCGACGAUCUGCAAGCCGGUUGGAUCGACGAAGCGUCCUUCCAAACCGCGGACACCAAUGGCGACGGAGUCCUGGAUAUCAAUGAGUUCCUAGAGGCCAGCUUUGUGAGGUUCGAGGGUGAGACGCGGCCGGUAGAGUCCAUCCUGCAGACCGUGCAGAGGAUCGAGGAGGUUCUGUCGGAGAAGAGGGAGGUAGGCUGCAAGGAGACGCCGCCGGUGACCAUCUACGUCCAGGCCGCGGAGAAGGCGCCCUUCCAGCCGCCAUCGGCCUCCUGGCAAAGCGAGCCCACAGAACCCGACGAGCCCAACGAGGCCUGGAAAGACUGUGGCGAGGUGGCCUUGCCUCUGAACCUCACCGCCGCCGAGGAUGUCAUGGCGCUUUUGCGUCUUCAUCUCCGGCUCGCCCACGACACCUGGAUAUCGGUAUUCUACCUCGGCCCCACCCCAGAUGGCGGCCGCACGACCACUCUGCUGAAGGAGCGGCCGGGAGGUGAGAGCAACACCACCGAGAUGCUGAACUACUUCUACAAGCCGAAUGCCGAGCUUAAGCUCUAUGUCAAGAACAUGCGCAAGCGACCGAGUCUGCUGCUAAAGCAGCCACGUGCCUUUCCAGAGGAAAGGGAUGGACUCUUCGCCCAGCGCACCGGUGCCACCUGGGCACUGGACUGGGAGACACAGCUGCUGGGCGUGGGGGAGGCGGUGCCCGCACGGCCGUUAGUCAUGCAGGUCGGCGACACCUUGAUCCUGGAGGUCCCACAGACCGACCAGAGCGGGGAGUACAGGUACAUGGUGAGUGUCUACAUGGACAAGACCGACGUGCUGAGCAAACCCGUGAACGAG